AUGGCUCAUCAACGACUUUUCUUCCUCGUCUGGCUCGCUUUUUUUGCCGUUAAAUCCAUCCAGGAAUGCUUCGACGAUGGUGCAGAAUUUUGCGUCAACUCCGAGGACAUUCUCGCCGCAGAUUUACUGCCGGAUUCUUUCCUAUUCGCUGAUCAGAAAUCGCAACGAAUUCAAAACGGCACCGGUUCACGUCGAACCUCCAACAACGGCACCAUCGGCGAGGCUUUCAACGCCAUGGGAUUCCACAGAAAGAAAAUGAACGAGUAUCUGUGCCACGGGUUUUUGGCGGAGAAAAUUCUCACCGCGGUUGGAGGCUCCCGAGUUAAGCGACGCCUCGACGCUUCGUCGGAAAAUUCUUACGUCGAUUACGUUGACGACAAUAACGUUUCUAUCCACGAGAAAAUGCUUUCUGACGAAGGAAGUUCCAAGUACAAGGACUGGCUGACAAAGACGACGACCCUCGAUGAUAUUUAUCGCCACUACGCUCCCCGGCCAAAGGAACCAAAAAUAAAGAAGAAACAAUUCGCCGAUCGGCGGUACGACGACGAAGAAGAAGAGGAUGAAUACGACGGCGCGGUCACAGGAUUCGCGAUGCCGGCUCCAAUAUCGACGGGAAAAAUCGGAGGCUUUGAUCCAUCAGGUCCAGAUGAAUAUUCGUCGGCGACUGCCCACCACUUCCAUCACUCCGACUACUUCGACCACCACGUUGACCCUUAUCCCCAAGUCCACGAGGAGCAUAUUUUCGUCCCGAAUCACCACGAGAGUUAUCAUCACCACGAUCAUCACAGGCCGAGUUAUCAUCACCAUGGGAAAGGAAAGGGACACGAGCUUUCGCUCAAGGACUUUUUCGAGAUCGCUUUGACGGCGCUGGCCUUCCUCGCCUUCGGCCUCUUCAUCAUUCAACUUAUGAUGAACGUGACGAACUCCGCAACGGCAACGGCAGCGACUUUUCUGCAAGCCGAUAUCGACGGUACGCGAUUUAAGCGAGAUCUUUCGCCUCCUGUUUCUUCGCCACUUACGUACGCCGGAAACGUCGAAUUAAACGAACUGUCGCAUCGGGUUCUGAGGUCAAUCGAGGCAGUUCUGCUCGCCGAAGAAGACGGGGGUAACUGCCUUAGGAGAACGUUGUGUGAGGACAACAAAUACUCGAGGGAAACGACCGGAGGACGCAGAAUUUGGUCACCGGUUUGGAGCUUGGGGAUGAGCUGGGUCUCGGGCAGGAUGACGCGGAAGACUCCUUGGUCGGUAAUGUUGGGCUCUGUCAAGGCGGCGGUGCUCGGUUUGGGCGGCGCCGACUGCGCCAUUUUAUUUCCCGACUGUAACCUCGAGCAGGAAGUUGCUAGAAUGAGGCGGCGGAGGCGGCGCCGGAAGUAA